GGGUGCCGCGCCGGGCUGGGAAGUAAGCGCGGCUGUUUUGCAAGCAGUUUGUACUCACACUGAGGUCAGCGGUUUGGCUGCUGCUCACGUGGCCUGGCUGUAUAAAACCAGAUGCGGGAGCCCAGUAACCCAGCUCAGAGCUUCACUGUCCCGAGAACAGAAGGGAAGGAGGAGAGCACUGCGAACAAAAACAACAGCGAAGCGGAGCAGCCAAGCGCCGUGGGCAAACAUGGAAACCUCCCAGAGACACAGCUCCGAAAGCAUGUCCAAGGACCUGUCCGAACUGCUGAAGGAAGCUACCAAGGAGGUGCACGAGCAGGCAGAGAACACGCCGUUCAUGAGGAAUUUCCAGAAGGGUCAGGUGUCGCUCCAGGAGUUUAAGCUGGUUACAGCAUCCUUGUACUUCAUCUACUCUGCUCUGGAGGAAGAGAUCGAACGUAACAAGGACAACCCAGUUUACGCCCCCGUGUAUUUUCCGGCGGAGCUGCACCGGAAAGCUGCCCUGGAGAAAGACCUGGAGUACUUCUACGGCAGCAACUGGAGGGAAGAGAUCCCGUGUCCCGAGGCCACUCAGAGAUACGUUGAGAGGCUCCACUAUGUAGGCAAGAACCACCCAGAGCUCCUGGUGGCCCAUGCCUACACUCGGUAUUUGGGAGACCUGUCUGGGGGGCAGGUGCUGAAGAAAAUUGCCCAGAAGGCCCUCCAGCUGCCCAGCACUGGAGAAGGGCUGGCGUUCUUCACCUUCGACGGAGUCUCCAAUGCCACCAAGUUCAAGCAGCUCUACCGCUCCCGCAUGAAUGCCCUCGAGAUGGACAUAGCCACUAAGAAAAGAGUCUUGGAGGAGGCCAAGAAAGCCUUCCUGCUCAAUAUACAGGUGUUUGAGGCGCUACAGGAGCUGGUGUCUAAGGGCCAGGAGAAUGGUCACCUCGUGCAGCCGAAGGCAGAGCUUCGCACGCGGAACGUUAACAAGGCAUAUGAGCACGGUCGAGUGUCCGGGAAAGAAAGCGAGAGGACAAAGAGCAGAGGCACAGACAUGAUACCUACCACUCCCCUGGUGCGGUGGAUCCUGGCCCUCAGCUUCCUAGCCAUGACAGUUGCUGUGGGCUUAUUUGCCAUGUGAAAGAGCAGGACCUUCACCUUCUCUUCGUGCCUUCCCUCACCCUGAACUAAUCCACCUUCCCCAGUCCUUGUGAGAGAAAUUCCCCCUUGACUGGGUACUGUGAUCUUGGCUCUGCCACUAAUAUUAGGAGACUUUUCUCCCCAGAAAUGAAAAAAAAGAAGUGCUUUAAGGGAGUUGGGGCAAAGUCUCUCUCAUGCUUGGUGUGAGAUCUCCUCAGAGACUAACUUUAUCACCAUAAACUAAGGGUAGGAAAGGCUAAAAACGAUGGCCAAGGAUUGACGUUGCUUUACUGAGCACCUGCAAAAAUCCUACAGGAUCAGAAACGCAUCUUUUGAGACCUGUCUCUUCUCAGAAAUACGGAGCUUCCCGGAGCUGUGGUUGCUCACUUAUUUUUUAUACUGCUACAUAACACUGUGAUCACUUUUUUUUUCCUCUGUGGAGCCACACGGCUCCUGUGGGUUAUAGACUGUUUUAUAUGACACUGGUAGUUCUUUGUUAAUCCUCUGUCCAAUCAUUUUCGGUUUUUAGAAAGCAGGAGACGGUUGCCGAAGAUACAGUGUCAUCCUCUUGUCUGGUUGUGUAAUUUAUAAGCAUAAUAAACUUCAAUGUAAAGUC